GCCUAGAUUCCAGAUCUUAAACGAAUGUGGAAGAGAUAAUAGUAAUAAUCGGCGAAGAAUUGUUGGCUCUCGCUAAGAUAUGCACACGUACCAGAACGAAAGUCUAAAGUCACCUUAUCUUAUCAAGCCAAGUGUCACUUUACGAUACUCAAUUUCAGCUAUUAUUGUUUUACGGUAUAAUUGGAUGUUUCUUUCUUUGCAACUACUUGAAAGGCUAGAAAUGACCCUCAGGUGUCGAAGUACAUGUUUGACAUAGAGUGUCCAAAAAGGAAAUCCCUCCUCGGUAUGAAAAAACCUUAUCAGCGUCGCCGCACCGG